AUGAGAGUAGGCAAGGGCUGUGGAAGGUGUCGUCAUCGACAUAUCCGAUGCGUGAUUCCCGCUGGUGCAUCAACUUGCACUCCAUGUUUGCGACUUGGUCGGGCGUGCCAUCUUGAUCCACGCUUCCAGUUCAAGCCUGUCCACCACGUUUACCAGAAAAAUAAUGGUGCCACUGCUCGAUUCGAACUGGAUUGGGAUAAAGAACAAGUUUGGGUGGACGUGUCACAACCCGUGACAUUCGUCCUUGAGGCAAAUGAUGGAUCGGCUGGGGACGAACAUAGCGCCGUAGAACAAUACAACACGCCAGAACCAGAAUCAGUUGGGGAUGAGCAUGGUACUCUGGAACAAUAUACUCCAGCACCAGAGCCGAUAUCACAUAGUCGCAGUGGAUGGACUCAAGAUUUUCACCCGGCGACCACAUAUCAGGCUCAAGCUCGCAGCCCAGUUUAUGAGAAUCGACUCCACCGGGAUACUACAAACAGUCCACUCAGUCUGCUGUCAGACAAUGGAUCCACCCUGACAUUAAGGGAGGCAUCGCUGAUGCGCCACUUUAUCCAGAAAUUAGCCCCCUGGGCGGAUAUUUGUGACAUCCAUUCACAUUUCAGCACCGAAGUCCCAAGACGGGCAUUGGAGAAUAACAUGGUCUUGCAAGCCAUCCUGGCUUUGUCUGCGCGACAUGAUGCGAUUUUGGCCAACGAUAGUGACUGGGAGGCCUCAGCUUAUCACGGUCAAUGUUUGAAAUUAUUAAUCGCAGCAUUGGAUGAAGCCGAGACAAAUUGUGACGAGGACAUGCUCAUUGCGGUCGUGAUUCUUCGUAUAUAUGAGGAGCUGGAAACUAACACUGACCAACAGUUUCAUCUGCUUGGGUCCAAUCGUUUGGUGAAUCUCAUGACCCGCUCGGCAUCCUCUGGCGGAGUGGCAGAGGCAAUCAGCUGGCAGUUUUUACGACAAGCUAUCUAUGCAUCGGUAGUACAGUAUCAACCUUUACAACUCGAUAUGCAGAAUUACGAGCGCUCGUCAAUGUUUCACCGCCAUGAUGACGCUGCUUGCGCUAAUAGAAUCAUUUAUCAUUGUGCUCGCAUCCUACAAGUAUGCUGCGAUGCCCCUGGACAUAUUGUGGCACGGGAUACCUGGCGCCAAAUAUCGGACAGCGUGAACGAGUGGAAUCAAGCAAAGUCCACAACCUGGCAACCUAUUCGAUACCAAGAAUCAAGCGUGGCUGAUGGCCGGCCUUUCCCUGUGAUAUGGAUGAUAUCGCCGCCGGCAGUGGUCGGAAUGCAGUAUUAUCACUCGGCAUGUAUUUUCCUCACCUUGUCUGAAUUUCCAUCGCACAAUAUGAGCGAUUACGAAAGGGCCCGCACAAGGCGUGUGCAGGAGAAAACGAUUGCUGACCAUCUUGUCAUGGUUAUUGGUCUAUCACUGUCCAACGAAAACGUAGAGAAUGCCUAUUUCAUGGCAUCACAUUUAUUACAUCGCUUUGGGUACUGUCUUCGGAAUGUAGUCGAACAGGAAGGAUCAUUGCAAUUUUUGAGUCGAGUGGAAAAAGUGCUAGGAUGGCGCACUUCCUGGAUAAUGCGGGAGCUGGAGCAUCAGUGGGCCGAGUUGGCCGCAUUUGACUCGUCGGACCCUUGA